CCGCCCUUUCAGCUUAGAAUAGGUCUCCGUACUCAGCAGAUAUCAGCAGCAUACUACUCGGCGCACUCACUCACAUGUUUGAAAAUUUCACAACAUGGCGAAACCCCGAAGUUCCAAAAUUCAGCACCCCCGAGAAGCGCCGCCGCCGGCGCGCGCAAGCCCCCUCUUUCCCCAUCAAAUCAGCACCACGCAAUCGACUGACAAGCCCGUCCAUUCCUCGGGCGUGAUUCGUUCGUUUCUUUUUCUUUUUUUUUUUUGGUGGUUUUCUUUGCUCCGACCCGAUCCAACCACCCCCCGGGAAGAAAAGCCCCACCAGGGGGGGCCUUCUGGAGAAUCUCAACAAAAUCGAUGGGGUGCCCCAACAGAAGUUUUUGACAUGCAGGGAUUUUUUUUUUCUUUUUUUGCUGGCACACUUUACUCGAGCACCGUUGACACAUGACUUACUGUAGUGAAUUGGGUGUUUCGGUAUAGACGAGUUCCGGACUCAGGUCAUUUCGGCUUCAUACUCCAUACUCCAUGGGAUUUAUUGGGGGAUUUGAGAUCUGGUGACCUUGGUGUGUGGUUUACUUAUACUUUAGUUUUAUAGUUGUUGGGAGAUGAUGUUGCCGUCAUUCAGCAUUGUUCGCAUCAUGUUGAACACAACGCCAUAGUA